AUGUAUUUACCGUCUCUCUUCCUCGCUUACUCUACUCUCGCCUCGGCAACGACAUACUUCCUCACCGUCUUCGCCCCGGAUACCGAGGUCGACGGCGCACUACUGAAUGCCGCCGCCCAGGGCUUCUACACCGGCAUCUCAGGGCCCGAAACCUACUGUCCUAAGGGCAUCUCGUGUCCUGAGGUGCAAGGAUCUUUAGUCUAUGACGGCCUAACUGGGAUGGCUGUCGAAGUCCCCGGCGGCCAGGCCAUCUACGUCGCGCCCGAAGGCCAGAUAGAAUACACACAGGCGCACUCGGCAUACGAGCCAGCAGGUUCGUUAACAGGAGGUUGGUUCAACAAGACAGUCUUGUCGGACUGCGAUCCUGCUCGCGAUGUGCUCGACUUUCUCCCCGUGGACGGAUCUAGCACCGGAGGUAUUAAACUAUGUCCCCAAGUCGAAGAAUAUAUGGCUGGUACAGGUGCCAGUUACCGCUUAUAUGCUGGGACAGCCGCCUUCAAUCUAUCCGGUUGCGUCGAUGCCGUCGGUCUCACCUUGCACGGUGUUGCGGCGGAUUACGGGUGUUGGCAGUACGCCUAACUCGAAUGCAAGAGCCGUUACGAUUCCAAAAUUAUGCUUGUUAUUCUGGACAACGGUAUGUUUGGGGAAAGGAAAAGCUAAUGAAUCAGCUUGGAACUGUAUAGAUUUAUCCCCGAAGCUUCUGGAUGCAGAUACUAUUCCGAGAUUUUGCUGAAGUAGGCUAUUGCAUGUCCUCUUUAUGGAUUUAUAGCUUGGGACGACUUGGUACGAUACUGCAGUAGUAUUAGGAGCCGAUUUGGAAGGGGAAUCAUGGAAACACGGGGCGCUGUUUUAGCUUUUUAGUU